AUGUCGACACUGACUCAAAACUCCACCAUCGUCCGCGUUGGCGCAGGGGUCGGACUCGCAGCACUCGCCGGCCUAGCAGCCUACGGUCUCCUCACGCACACCCGCCACGGUCGCAGACUUACCCGCGAGUGCUUGAUGCGACUCCUCAACUCUAUGCCCGAACCCUUCCCCAAAUCCCUUCCCUUCGCACAACGCGUUCAACCGCACGGCCCUCUCGAACAACUAGACGAUGGCCUUUGGGUGGUGAGGGGCAGCCUGCCGAAUAUCCCUAUACCGCGCUACAUGACCAUCUACAGACCACCCAACUCAACGUCGCUUCUCGUAUUCUCCAUGCUGUGCGUGGACGCAAAGACACUCGCUGAAGUGAGGAAGCUGGGCACUGUGACGCAUAUGGUCAUCCCGUGCUCCUGGCACACGCUGGACGCUGCCGUGUACAGAAACGAGUUUCCGAAUGCAAAGCUGAUCGCCCCACGCGCAGCGCUACACCAAUUGAGCAAGAAGGUGGACGUCGAGGUCCUUGCAGCUGAGGAUGUCUUUCCUCUCUGGAACGAAAACCCUGAAGCUGCGUCGACCACACAAGGCGCCGGAACGAUGGAAUGUUCAGUGCAACUGAUCUACGGCAAGGGAUGUUCAGCGGAAUUCGACGAGUGCGAAUUGCUACUCGCAUUGCCCCCCCGCACAUCCACAGCCGCCUCCGUAUCCGAAACCACGAACCUCAUCCAACGGAAGCCCGCAACGACAGAUUCCCGUCACGCGUUGAUCAUCAACGACAUGUUCCACGAGGACCUAAAGUUCACCCGCAUCAGCUGGUUCUUGGUAAUCGAUCACCUCGCCCGCUUCCGCAAGUGGUUGCAUGAAUUCAUGGCAAAAGUGGUCGUGGGCGAGAAUGUCGACGUGGUGAUAGUUAGUCACGGACAGCCUGUCGUCGGGAAGGAACAGAUACGGCGUAAGAUGAAGGCAAGCCUUUCAGCUAUUUGA